AGGCAGGGGAGAGGGCGGGGGCGGCAGGAGGCCAUGCCUCCAGCUGCGGAGGCUGCCGCACAGCUGGAGCGGCCGCGGUCACCUGCGCGGCGCCAUCGCCCUUGCGCUCGCGGUGUCCAGCCGGCGGCGGCGGACUUCACAGUGCGCGGCGAGAGUCAGCACGGAGGGCGCCCGGCGUAGGCGGCGGCGGGUGUGGGCCGAGCCGGUAUUUAUAGCUCGGUGACAGCAGCGGCGGCAGCGACGCCGCGGGUCCGUCUCGCUGCGCUUCCCAGCGAGGCCGCCGGUGCGCCGGAGAGCUGUGCUUGACCCGGUCUCCCGUGUGCAGUCGCCCGGAGCCUGCUCGGCCCCCUUCGGGUAAACUGCGGCAUCGAAGUUUUGAAGGAUGGGUAAAGAUUUCCGCUAUUACUUCCAGCAUCCCUGGUCUCGCAUGAUUGUGGCUUACUUGGUGAUCUUCUUUAAUUUCUUAAUCUUUGCGGAGGACCCAGUUUCUCACAGCCAAACAGAAGCCAAUGUUAUUGUUGUUGGAAACUGUUUUUCAUUUGUAACAAAUAAAUACCCUAGAGGAGUUGGCUGGAGGAUUUUGAAGGUGCUUCUAUGGCUACUUGCCAUUCUCAUAGGACUAAUAGCUGGCAAAUUUCUCUUCCAUCAGCGUUUGUUUGGUCAGUUGCUCCGGUUAAAAAUGUUUCGAGAGGAUCAUGGAUCUUGGAUGACGAUGUUCUUCAGCACAAUUCUCUUUCUCUUCAUCUUCUCUCACAUAUAUAACACGAUUCUUCUGAUGGAUGGGAACAUGGGAGCAUAUAUCAUUACAGACUAUAUGGGCAUCCGCAAUGAAAGUUUCAUGAAAUUAGCUGCAGUAGGGACCUGGAUGGGGGACUUUGUCACAGCUUGGAUGGUCACUGAUAUGAUGCUGCAGGACAAACCUUAUCCUGAUUGGGGAAAAUCUGCAAGAGCUUUCUGGAAGAAAGGAAAUGUUAGGAUCAUUUUAUUCUGGACAGUUCUUUUUACUCUGACUUCUGUGGUCGUACUUGUCAUUACAACUGACUGGAUCAGCUGGGACAAACUGAACCGAGGAUUUUUGCCCAGUGAUGAGGUUUCCAGAGCGUUCCUUGCUUCUUUCAUCUUGGUCUUUGACCUUCUUAUUGUAAUGCAGGACUGGGAAUUCCCCCAUUUCAUGGGAGAUGUUGAUGUAAACCUCCCUGGUUUGCACACUCCUCACAUGCAAUUCAAGAUUCCUUUUUUCCAGAAAAUCUUCAAGGAAGAAUACCGCAUUCACAUAACAGGUAAAUGGUUUAACUAUGGAAUUAUAUUUCUCGUCUUGAUUUUGGAUCUUAAUAUGUGGAAGAACCAAAUAUUUUAUAAACCUCAUGAAUAUGGGCAGUAUAUUGGCCCAGGGCAGAAGAUAUAUACAGUGAAAGACUCAGAAAGCUUAAAGGAUUUGAACAGAACCAAGCUGUCCUGGGAAUGGAGGGCCAAUCAUACUAACCCUCAGACUAAUAAAACAUAUGUUGAGGGAGACAUGUUCUUGCACAGCAGAUUCAUAGGGGCUAGCCUUGAUGUCAAGUGUCUGGCCUUUGUUCCAAGUUUAAUAGCUUUUGUGUGGUUUGGAUUCUUCAUUUGGUUCUUUGGACGGUUUUUGAAAAAUGAGCAAGGCAUGGAGAAUCAAGACAAAACUUACACUCGCAUGAAAAGAAAAUCCCCAUCAGAACACAGCAAAGACAUGGGAAUCACACGAGAAAAUACCCAGGUCUCAGUGGAAGACCCACUGAACGACCCUCCUUUGGUUUGCAUCAGGUCUGACUUCAACGAAAUUAUUUACAAGUCCUCCCACAUGACAUCCGAAAACUUGAGCUCCCACCUGAAUGAAUCCACCAGUGCAACAGAAGCUGAUCAAGACCCAACGACUUCUAAAAGUACCCCUACGAACUAGGUUCACUUAUGUGGAGAUAGCACAAAAAGUAACCUUGAGUGUAACUUUAAAAGGUUAGUCUUUCCUUUUGUAAAUGUAAGGUUUACGUAGUGCUAGGUAAAGAAUACGAACAAUGCCACAAAGGUGCUCAACAUGCUUUUUCUAGGACUCAUUGUUUUCUAUUUGUAUUAUGAUACAUGUGCCUACUAUAUAUUUAACAGUCCUCUAGAGAUUGCUUUUCACAAUUGCACAAGCUAUGUACUGACUUUCCAGCAUAGUAGAUUAGCCAAUUACCCAUGUAUCUGAUGUUCAACCAUAGUGGUGCCUUGAGACAUUAAACUGUUUUUAACUGUACCAGAAAUGAAGUGUGGAACAGUUCUCUAACCUGGAUUUUUUUUUUUUAUACAACUAUUUUGAUUUACACUUGAUGUCUGAGCAGGAAACAGAUAUUGCCAAGGUGUGGUUCAGGAAGGAUCUCUUGGUUAUCUCUUCAGCAGCAGAUUUGGUGACUUUGACACCUGCACUGCAGAGAAGCAUAGUGAUCACCUUUUAUAUUGUAUUGGCUGUCUGCCAAAUACAAAUACAGAUGCAAAAUUCAGUAAGACGAGAACUGUAAUCCAAUGUGGGUCACUACUCAUGAAAUGUGACUUUCUCCAACCAGUAAUUACAAUUAGGUGAUAAUACCUAAUUAUGUUUUCCUAAUUAAAGAUAAAUUGCUACUUGAUUAAAAAUCCUGCCCUUUACCUUUGGGAACAAAGGUUAAGAGGUGCAGUUGGGUGAACUCUCAAACUCAUUGGCAUUUACACAAAGCCCCAGACAACCAAGGAAUUGAAUUUGUAAUCAUGUGGAGGCUGCACAGUUCACCAUCUACAAUAUUUGGACAUUUUUGUGUAAAUAUGGUUCUGGACAGUGAAAAUUGAAAAGUAUGCCAACCCUGAGCAAGUGAACUGCUCUACAGUGGAAUCUUGUGUGAUGGAAAAAACUGUACAAGGAGGAAAAUAUUUAGUGUCUUCCAUGUGUGUGCGUUUUUUGGUUUUGGUUUCAUUUUUUAAAGAACUAAACAUCGCAUAUUAAUAAAUAAGAAUUAU